AUGUCCAACCCUCCUCUCCAUCAAAGUCACUCAGAGCCUGCGCUUUUUCAAACAGACGUGCAUCAUUGGGGCGCGAGUGCGCUCGGCUCCGAGUCUACUUCUUCGCUGCUACCCGCAGAUAUUGAUGUAAAUAAACUGGAACGUGGGGACCUCGUUUUUGACCGAAAAGUUGUGACGGAGCCUGCUGAGAACACUCCACUCUUACCACGUUCAGUCAGUGGUCCCCCUGCUGUGGCGCCGCCGCCAACAGCUGCGGCUAGCGCCCCUCCAGACGUCGCAAGAAGCCCAUUUCCCGAAAGGCCUAGUCGUGAAAAUAUGGAUCCUACUGGCAUGUCACCAUGGACUAACUGGCUGUGGAGCCUAUAUUAUGGCAAUAGAACAAUGUUUUAUCUAGUGUUGGGAGUGCUCGUCACGGCAACAACCAUCUACACGGCGUUCACCGGAGAAGGAUCUAAGUACUACGCUGUGAUCCUGAGAGCUACAGCUUGCUACAUAAUGGGCACUGAUACAGCACAAUCGCUGUUUGGACCAGGCUUCUGCGAAUUCAAAGCUGGGCGGCAAACUAGCAUGUGA